AUGACAGACCCUCAUGAGGAUCAAGAUGGCUCCCACAUCAAAGGCCUGCUCAUCAACUUCUUCCACCACAACUGGCCGUCUCUGCUCAAACACACCUUCCUGGAGGAGUUCAUCACCCCCAUCGUCAAGGUAAACAAGAGCAAGCAGGAGUUUGCCUUCUACAGCAUCCCUGAGUUCGACGAGUGGAAGAAAAACACAGAGAACUUUAAAACCUGGCACAUAAAGUACUACAAAGGUUUGGGUACAAGUACAAGCAAAGAGGCAAAGGAGUAUUUUGCGGACAUGGAGAAACACCGCAUCACUUUCAGAUACAUCGGAGCGGAGGACGACGCUGCCAUCACUCUGGUGAGUUUCAUGCUAACAUUACAUCCUGUUUUAACCUGUUAA